CCCCGCGCUUCCCUGCGAGAACUCAGCUGGCGCGUGUCAGGCUGCCAAGACGGCCCACCACAGGCUCGUUCCGGACUGGCGCCAGGUCGGUACUGUCAAACUCGUGCAACCCCAUAUCCAUUUGUGGACCAAUGUGGCGGUACGCGCGGGGGCAAUAUUGGAAAUGACCAUUGUCAUUGAAUGCAGUGGUCCGCCGUCACGGGGUGCGUCCCUGGAGUCCCUGGGCCUGGCGAUCCCUCAUCUUUUGCGAACCUCGGCAGACCCUUGAAUCAUUCGUUGAAGAAUUUCUUCAGGAUCAUGAAUCAUCAUGACGGUCUACUAUGUACUAUCAACGGCUACGUCAUAGCCUCUCGAUACGCACGACAUGGCCGCAGAAGAUCACAUUGGGGGCAUCUGCCUUCUUUUUAAUUAAAUUAAUCCACGAAUACUAUCGUCCAAGAAGAAACCGUAGCAUCCGUGCGACUAGAUCACCUGGCAACGUCGUACGUCAAGAUGGCCAGCACGACGAACGCCGUCGGGAGCAACACCACCGGCGACUCCGGAAAGGUGAACUUUCCAACCGACCCGAGCCUGCCAGGCGAACACUUCGAAGUCCGUCAGACCCAUCCGACGGGCGACUACAAGCCCGAUCCGGCCAAGUCGAUCCCGGUGUCCGCCGCGCGCCAGGCCCUGCUCGACGACAUCAUCGCCCUGUACGAGAUGAGGCCGACCGUGGAGCGCGUCAAGCGCUACACCCCGGACUGCGUGUACAACGACCAGUUCGUCUACGCCGACGACCGGUACAAGAUGGCAGGCCAGUGGUUUGCGCUGCCGAAGCUGUUCAAGAGCGCCAAGAGUCAUGGCUACCAGGUAGUCACGAACGAUAGGGACUUGAUUCAGUUUCGGCAUGAAGAGGAAUGGACUUUCAAGGUCAUACCGAAGACGGCUGUCAUCAAUGCCCUUGUCAGUCUGUCUCUCGAUCCCGAGACCGUAGACUCGGACUUCAUCCGUGUGAAAUACCACAAAGACCAAGCGAAUGACAAGGACUACUCAAACGAAGGUCUUGGUGCCACCUUCAAGAAAUGGCAGGCCGAUAACGUAGCAAAGCAUAUGAAUAGCAAGGAAGUGGAGGCCUUCGCGGCGGACAAGAACGCGCGCAAAGAGGCGAGGCGCACCUUCGGGACAGGGAAGGCAGAGGGCGAUGCCCCGGUGAAGAACCUGUAGGCGGCUAACCCUUUGACGGUGGUGGUAAGUUGUUCCAGGCGUGUUUCUUAAGAUGCUUGAGAGACAGCAUUACCAACUUGAGAGGUUGAGGGAACGGAGCCGGGCUGUACAUGUAUUGUACAAUAUCGUUCAUUUCAGCCAUCUAAUACGCAUUCAGCCACUUAAACAA